AUGACUGAUGCCCCGAAGGAGGGGAGACUGGCCAGGUUCCUGGAUUUCACGCAGCUGGUUGACAUGGCGUCUGAGGCCGUGGGAGGAAAGGUUUUAUUUGCCACAGAUGACUUCUUCGCCCCUGCAGAAAGCCUCAUAAAGAGCGACAGGCCCAGCUUUAAGGAGCACGAGUACACAGAGUUUGGGAAAUGGAUGGAUGGAUGGGAGACCAGAAGGAAAAGGAUUCCUGGUCACGACUGGUGCAUCAUCCAGCUGGGGAUACAGGGCUCCAUCCAGGGCUUCGACGUGGACAUCUCUUACUUCUCAGGAAACCACGCUCCUCGAGUGUCCAUUCAAGCAGCAAACUUGGAGGAAGACAAACUGCCAGAAAUCCCACAGAGAGGGGUCAGGACAGGAGCAGCAGCCACACCUGAGGAGUUUGGAGCUAUUGCUGAGCUCAAGUCGGACACCUGGGAUUACUUGCUUCCUAUGACAGAACUGAAGCCGGGAAACCCCGCCUCCAGCCACAACUACUUCCUUGUCAAUUCCCCGCAGAGGUGGUCUCAUGUAAGGCUCAACAUUUUCCCAGAUGGUGGCAUUGCACGUCUCAGAGUAUAUGGCACUGGACAGAAAGACUGGACUGCAACUGAUCCCACAGAACCUGUAGACCUGGCGAGCAUUGCUUUUGGGGGUGUCUGUGUAGGAUUUAGUAAUGCACAUUUUGGGCACCCAAACAAUGUAAUAGGUGUCGGCAAGCCCAAGUCCAUAGCAGACGGCUGGGAGACUGCAAGAAGGCUGGACAGGCCCCCGGUAUUACAGACGGACGAGAACGGCCUUCUCCUGGUUCCGGGUUGUGAGUGGGCAGUGUUCCGACUGGCACAUCCUGGAGUGAUAACUCAAAUUGAAAUCGAUACGAAAUACUUUAAAGGCAAUUCUCCUGACAGCUGCAAGGUGGACGGGUGCAUCCUGACGACCCAGGAAGAGGAAGACAUGGUCAAGCACAAAUGGAUUCUUCCAAUCCAUAAGUGGAAGCCACUGCUUCACGUCACCAAGCUAUCCCCCAACCAAAACCACUUUUUGGACAGCCUAACCCUGGAGCUCCAAGAUGUCAUCACUCACGCCAGGCUCACCAUCAUACCUGAUGGGGGCUUGAGCCGCCUCCGGCUGAAGGGCUUCCCCAGCUCCAUCUGCCUGCUACGGCCCCGGGAGAAGCCCAUGAUGAGGUUUUCAGUUAAGGCCGGCUUCAGGGCGAACCUUUAA